AUGCCGAGGCCGCAGUUCAUGCAUGUCGGGAGGGCACACCAUCCUUCGUGGAUCCACUGCCAGCAUGCCAGAGGGCAACGCCGCCACCGCCAAGGUCACCAUGGACGCACGCAGAGGGGGACCGUUCCGCUCCUAACGGAUCUUGUGCCUAGCUCCCCGCACGGAUCCGCCGUCGGGGACGCCACCGCUGGUGAUGAAGGGAGCGCCACCGCCGUUGCCACAUAUGUCGGGGGAAGGGGGGCCGUGGCCGGUGAGGAACGGGCGCCGCCGCUGUCGGGGGUGAUGCCUGCCUUUGGUGGGUGGAAGGGAGCGGAGAUGCUGGUUGGGAAGAAGGCAAUGUCAUCGCCGGUGGUGGUGGGGGCGCGACUCCGCGGCGGUGGGGGAGGCUACUGGUGCCGACGCCAGUGA